AUGGUACUACUAAAUGUACUAAGACUUGUUGUCGUAACUAAUGUCACUGGUUCCCACAGGAUCGAUAAAAUUGCGAUACUGUCAUGUUUAUGUACUGUGCUGGAGGCUGUUGACAGGUGGCUGAGGGGCGGGGGUGAGGCGACGGCGCCCGCGCCCGCGCUGCUCGCGUGGCCCUCUCGCCUGAGUCACGCGCUCCGUAAUGCUUGCAUAAUAAUAAUGACGGAUGCCGAUCGCGCGGCGGCCCCUUUGAUCUGCCGAGCGUUUGAUCUCGCCGCGGCCGACUGGUCCCGCCGCCCCUACAUAAACGAGCCCGCACGUUACCUUUAUUCGAUCCGACGCCGCGUAUGA